CUGAACCUCAACUGUGAUAAACAUUUCUUUGUUCCUUUUUUCAUGAUUUGUUCUCCUAAAUAGACUACUCUCUGUCGCCUUGCCUAUUCUCUCAAACGGAAGCAUCGCCCUUGACCCUCCCUCCGCUGAAUCUUACCUGGGUUGUCUUAUCUGAUUGAUUACUCCACCGCGCCCUCCCCUUUUGUGCAUCAACAUCGCAUCGUCUCAUCAACGAGAGGGUCCUCGGAAAUCCACACCACCCACAUUUGAUCACUUCUUUCAUAUCCGACCGGCCAGAUGGCCACCGCGGAAUUAUCUCCCCGGGCGCAUGAUCGCAAUGGGCGGCGUCACCCCUUCUCGAGCUGGAUGAAGCGCCUCGCAAGUCUCAAAAGCUCUUCCGAUUCGAGUACUAUCCGCUGGUCCCACAAACGCCAUGCCGUUCCCAAGAAUAAGACCUGCCUCAAGAACAACCCAUACCCGCUGUCCGGCACGACCAACGUGGUGAACGACCAGAGCAGUGAGGUCCACUCCCCGGAUAGCGGAAACGCGCAGCGAUCCUGUUCACAGAGCGCGCCCUCGCUUUCGUACUCCGUAUAUGAGAAUCAGGCGCCUGCGACCAGCACCAAAUCCACCGCUCCCACAAUUUCAACCAACGGGGAUACGGCAAUCUCCGAGGCCGCAUAUUCCAAGGCAGGAACGAUGGCGACGGCCGGUGGAGGGAUCAGCUCCAACGGAGGAGGCGAAGGAAGCACUUUUUCCUCGCCCGCGCCGUCGGUACGGUCGCUGACGACGACCUUGACAACCGUGCAGUCCGCAGCGCCCUCCGGCCACCUGUACAACGUGCAGAAUGCGCAUGCUGGCACUCACCAUGCCAAUUUCUCGCAGGGCACCCAGCAAGUGCAGUUUUCACAACCGUUCCCUCCGUCGCCUGCGACCGCGGUGCCGCCCCACCUUGCCCCUCACAAUCAGUCGAUGACUUACAGCGCGGCCACCGCCAACAACAUGCUCACCGACAAUGCCUCGAUCCUGACUUUGGCUUCCUCCUCGAAACGGCGUCGGAGGAAUUCGCUGGAUACCAAUGCGUCCGUGCGGGCGUUGGCGCCAUCGUCGGUUUUCGGUGGGAGCCGCGAGAGUCUGCCAUUGAGCGUGCUCAGCGGGAAUGUCGGGGAGCCCUCCAACCCUCCCACCUUCAACCCCGCUGGUGUGCCUAACCGACCGAGUAUGGUUGGGCUGGCUAGCACCGAGCGGAUCAGCGUGUAUUCGUCGUCUGGCACGUCGCCCUUGGUCGGUGAGCGCGGCAGCUUCCACGCAAACAAGCAGGGCGCGGGCGCGGGCGAUGGAGCCAGCGUGGUGAGUGGGACUCAGUCCCACAGCCGCCACGAUAGCAACUCGGCCAGUAUCUCCGGGGUCGUUGGCGCGAUCCCCGCCGGUCAAGCCAUGCCCGCCGGGAGAAUCAGCCGUCGUAGCUCUGGCUGGGGUGAAAUCAACGGGGACGAGAGCGAUGAGGCGAACACGACGGAAACGGACAGUACGAGGAGAGAUUGACGCCGCUUACUAUCACCUGUCUGCAAGAAGACAACACGAUGUUAUGCCGAUAUUCCAUGAUCGAUGCUUUUUCUUUAUUUAUCUUUUGAACCCUAGCCAUUCUGAUGGUAAGGGUAUGUUUUUGACGGCGUUGACGAUGGCGUUUGCAUGGAUUUUCCUUUUUUCCAACUGACGAUAACAGGAUGGACAUGAUAUCCCCUUGGUCUGGAUGAGUCUGAUUGUUUGUGAUUCGUACUUAUGUUUUAGUGUGACUAGUCAUUGUGAUCGUUGACCUAUUGAUAUUGGCUCUUUUUGCGAGACCUGGAUCCCUGAUAACUGUUUAUAAUGUAUUUUAUUCCGUCUGUAUUGUCCUCCAUAUUAAGAUGGUAAUCCAG